AUGCCAAUGGGAGGAAGUACAUUAGCCAACAAAGCAAGUCGCUUCAAUUCGAAAGCUUCCGAUGACACGCCAGGGCCCGGUGCUUAUGAAUUAGAUUCAAUACAAACAGCUCGUUCUAUUAUCGUUGAUAAUGUCAAACAUCCGCGUCAUCAUACAUUUAGUUUUAAUGGAAAAUUAGUUCCACCUUCAAUACCGGAUCCAAAAUUUGCGUUCGGUUUUGAAGAAGAUGGUAGAGGAAAACUUGUACCACAACAUCCGCCUGAACGAGAUGCAAGUUUAGGUCCUGCUUUUUAUAAUUCAUCAUCGUCUCUAGAACAUGAUACAACCAAACAUUAUCAGGGUGUCCAUUUUGGUAAAUAUUCGAGUAAACGUACAGAUUUUUCGGGCAAAUCAGGUCCUGGUCCAGGUGAUUAUGAUCUAAAUGAACCAUUUAAACUUGAAGUUCAACAUAUGAAUUUGAAACAAUGGGAUAAACGACCAGAAUUACAAGUACCACGAUAUCCUGAUGUUCUACUUAAAACAGUUGCUAAAGAUAGUGUUCCCGGACCCGGUCAAUAUUUAAUAAAACGUGAUCUUGAUCCUGAACCAUCGAAAAAUGAUAUAACAGGACUUGAAUUUGAACGACCACCAUUUGGUUCACAAACUAAACGUUUUGAAAAACCGAUAUCUGAAAUUCCCGGUCCUGCGACCUAUGAUGAUAAAAUUGUAACAGCGUUUAGUUCUAUUUUCAACAAGCCAACAAGUCUUAAACGAACACCCUUUAAUCAAACAGCCGCUCGAUUUCUUUCAUUUGAUUACAAGUCAUCAAGUGCACCCGGUCCUGGUCAAUAUCGUAUAUCUAGUUUUGCUGAUGACAAUUUACGUCGAGCUGUUCUUGAAGGUGGUAAAAAACCACCAUUUAAUGUUGCUUCCAUGCGUCGAUUAAUGAUAACACGUAACGAUGCCUCUCAAACACCUGGUCCUAGUAGUUAUAACAUUAAAACUCGACCAUUUAAACCAAUAAUGCAACAACCAUCAGCUAACUUUAUUUCUCAUACUGCUAGAGAACCUAUCAUUGAAGACAUACCCGGUCCAACAGCGUAUGAUGUUCCACGUGCUUAUCAAGCAUUGACGUCUCAACAUCGAAAAUCACCACGCUCAAAGAAUGCUCGUAUACGGCAUAGUCAAUUCUUAAGCGCCGCCAAACGAACAUUUGCUAGUGAAAUUUCAAGUGAUACACCUGGACCCGGUGCAUACGAUAGUUUGAUCUCUCCACGUACACAAGGUUAUGCGCCUGUAAAAGCACAACGUUUUCACUAUGAAGUGGAAAAAUUACCGGGUCCUGCUGAUUAUGAACUCUCACCACUUAUGCAAGACACUGUUCUUCGUGGAACAUUCAAUUCGAAAUUAAAUAAUCCUAUAUUAGCUAAAUUAAAAAGUCGCGCAUUAAGAGAUGACCAAUCACUUCUUUUUGAAUCAAGUUCUACUACAAAAUUACCAGUUACCGGUGAAUCUACUGGUGACAUAGGCGCGCAAGCAUAA